AUGGUGACGCUAGCCUUACUAAAUGUAAGUGGUAUAUUUGGCUCAGAAUAUGGAUAUGAUUCAGCUUCCGCUUGCGGACGUGAAUUACGGCAACAACGUGCUCGUGAAUUACCAUGUGAUUUUAGUAAAGAAAAUUGGUGUGAUGUCCCGGGCAAAUCAUAUCCUUGGCAAGCUGUACGACGCUUUGUUAAAGAAAAUCAUGGUCUAAUGCGUCGUAUGUAUGGAGAUUAUGGUCAUUAUUCUGUAUUAUCAACUGAAUUCCAUCAAAAUAACGAUGAUAUUACGCGACUACACUUUACCGAAAGCUUUCGACAUUUUCGAGGUGAUAAUAAACGUGUCAACUCACCUAAAUCCAAUCCGAAAAGUUUUUAUUCCGAUGUAAUCGAUGCAAAUAUCUAUUUAGCUGAUGAUGAAAAUGAAUUUGAUUUAGAUGACGAAGAUUUUGAACCUAGAUAUCCUAGAAACCGGCGAGGAAGGUAUCUUCGACAAGAUGAUGUACUAUUGAAUACGAAAUUCACAUUCGCUGAUGCAGAAUUUCGUCCAAAUGAUUUAUUUGCUCAUUUACGACAGAGCACAACUUUGAAACCGGUUCGAACACCUUUAAUUAAAUUCCCCGAUGCCUUAGAUUCGCAAAAACAUGUUGGACCAGACCCAGUAGUCCAAGAAAUGCUGAGUAACGAUCUAGAUUCAAAUGGAGGAAUUUUUAAUAUCAACAAUUAUACAAUUAUAAUUUUGGAAUCGGCGAAUGUAUCAACGCCGAUAAACCAAACAGGUGUACUUAAUAACGUAACGUCGACAGAAGAAUCAGUGGUUACUACAUCGACGGAAAAUACAACGGUAUCAGAGGAAAUAACAACUGAGUAUAUAACUACUGUAGAAGAUAUUACAAGCACAGAAAAUCUGGAAGAAAAUACAACGAUAAAAUUGAAUCCUGAUGAAAUACAUGUAUCGUCAACUUCGAUUGAUUAUCAAGAAGAUACUAAACAAGCUCAGCCAAAUCUGCAAAGUGGAAAUUCUGCAGAUGACAUGGAAACGAGCCAAUUGUUUCAAGAUACCGUUGCCGAUCAAGAAUUUUCUGAUAGUGAACCAGCGCCUGUUAAAUUAAAAGGAGUGAAUGCUUGCCCGGUAAAAGAAGAAGUGGUUGCACCAUUUUGGGCAAAUAAUACACGUGGUGAAGUGUUAGCAUUAUUAAAUUUAUACCCAUUCGAACAAUACGUACAUUGGGAAAAAUGUAGUUUCGAACAUCGACAGAUGUACUGUCGUGAAGGUUGCCGCUGUGAACAACAGUAUCGUCUCCAUCGGUUACUUGCAUACGAUCCAAGUAAUGAGUGUCGUGGUAUAUUUUCCGAUUGGUUUCGAUUUCCCUCAUGUUGUGUAUGUAAGUGCUACGAUUUACCAACUGAAUUUCGUGUAACAUCACGAAGUCCACGUGAUCGUGCCAUACCAGCACAGAAACCACAACGACAAGCUAAAAUUGAUCCAGAAUGGUAUCGACCUUCCACAGCAUCACAAACUCUUAAUAAUGACGAUGGAAGUAUCUUGUAGGAAAAUUUUAUAAAAAUUUGU